AUGACAACACCAGCAGCAGUUCAAAUUCGACAAAAAUACCGAUCGCUUAACAAACUAGUGAAGAAACUCCCCGAAAAUGACAUGGAAAAAAGCUUGCACGAGCUUCGAACCUCCUUUCGGAAAGCUCUUGGUGAAACCGAAAGUGUGGAGACACGAUUACAAGACGCCGACAAUCGAAUUUCCUUUUUGCAAAUGAUCACUCCGAAGGAUAAACCUGCCAAGGGUGGAACAUGGGUCUACAAGGAUGGAAAACGAAUUGAAGGAGGAUCUGGGACGCGGUUUGACGCCAAUGGCAACGUUCACUCGAAUUGGGAUGGCAAGAAUUUGGAUCCUUGUUCCGUCAAGAGACAUAAUCAACAAUUAAAUCGGGUUGGAUUCCUUAAUAAUCAGCAUGCGAAGGGUUAUUUCUAA